AUGGUGAGCAUCACAGCAUUUGUGGCCCUAACGGUCGUGGCCUCCAUUGUUUGGAUCAUCGUCUAUCGGACACACUUCACUCGCAUCUCCCAUAUUCCUGGGCCCAAGUUGGCAGCCGUGACAUAUCUCUAUCACGCAUGGUACGACAUAUGGCCCCAUGCUGGGCGCUUCAUGUUCCAUUGCGAAAAGCUUCAUGAGAAAUAUGGACCCAUCAUUCGGAUCGGCCCCGACGAGAUCCACAUCAAAGACAACAGCUACAUGGACGAAGUUUAUCCAAAUGACCACCGGAGGAAAAGAAAUAAAAGUACGCUGUUCUUCUGGAUGGUUGGGAGCAACGAAUUUGGGGACCACAGCACCGGGGCAACUAUGGAUCACGAUGCUCACCGUGCCAAACGAACCAGUAUGGCGCCCUAUUUCAGCGCCCGAAUGGUGCAGGAUCUGGAGCCACGGAUCUUGGCGAAGGUUCAGCAAGUGAGGGAGAAGAUGUUGGAGACGGCUGGGUCAGGCGAGUUGCUGGAAUUGCGCAAUAUAAUGAGUGGAUUAACAUUAGACAUUAUUUCGGAAUACUCCUUCGGCAGCUCCUUCGGCGCCCUAGAUACGCCCGACUUUGGCCGCCCUCUGAACAACGUCUUGCUCAAGGGCGUCAAGGUCCAUCCCUUUGCUCGCAUCUUCCGGCCUUUGGCGAUUGCCAUUUUUAGACUCCCCCGAUGGAUGAUGCCCAACAGUGAAAUUCUCGAGAACAGCAUCAGAUACGACAACCUCAUUGGCAAGAUGACUGGCGCAGCAUUCGACGAUGCUACCAGAAUGCUCACAUCCCACAACAAUGAAAAGAUCGGAGCAAGCCACCGGACAAUCAUCCACUCCAUGCUCAGUAGCGAUUCCCUUCAAGCGGAGGAUAAAACAUUUGCUCGUCUUAAAGCAGACGCAAUGGUCCUCAUUGGUGCUGGUACAGAGACCACCGCGCGCACGCUGGCAACGGCAAUCUAUCACAUUCUUGCAAAUAAGCCGGUUUAUGACCGUCUUUUGGAAGAAAUCCGCCAUGUGAUGCCUACAUCUGACUCCCCGAUCCCACCCGCAGCGGCGAUCCAGCAGCUACCAUACCUCACAGCAGUUCUCUCAGAGUCUUUACGAGUUGCUCACGGGGUUGCUGGUCGCUUGUCUCGCAUCGCUCCUGACGAAGACCUCCAAUAUGGUCCAUACAAAAUCCCAAGAGGCGUCACCUUCUCGCAAUCGAUGUAUUACAUUCACACCAAUCCCGUUAUCUUCCCCAACCCGCACGAGUUCCAUCCAGAACGUUUCCUCGGGCCCCAAGCGACGGUGGCGAAAGAGCAUGCCUACCCCUUUGGCAAGGGGACACGAAACUGCCUUGGUAUCAAUCUGGCAUGGGCAGAGCUGUAUAUGACCGUGACCGCGCUGAUUGGUGGUGUAAAGAUGGAGCUUGUCGAAACGAGUUUACGGGAUGUAACUCCAGUCAAGGUCAGUUUGCCUCUUUUUUUCGCCCUCAAUGUCUUGUAA